AUGGCUGAGGAAUUAGACCACGAAUAUGCCAACUUAGACAAGCUUUUCUCAGAGUUAGACGAGAACAAAAUCCAAAGCGAAAAGUUCACAGUCAUCUACCCAAAAAUGCACCAAAUAAAUCGGCUGACGAGGAACCUGAUCUAUCGCUGGAAACACAGGAAGCCUGAGGAGGACGCAGCAGCAGCGGCCUCCUCCACCGCUCCCAAUGUCGUACGGCCGGGUCUCUCCGAACAUCAAAGUCAAUCUCCAGGUCUUUCUUCUAGUCCUCCUCCAGUUCUCACUGUGUCACAUUCGCCCCCUGAUUCUCCUCCUUCUACCACUAACCCUCCUCCUCCCUCUUCUGGUUCUCCUCCUCCUCUCUCCCCUGUUUCUCCUCCUCCUCACUCACCUGUUUCUUCCCCUCCACCUUCCAUUGUUUCUUCCCCCAAUGCCCCUCCUGUUUCUCCUCCCCCCUCUCCUGUUUCGCCUCCUCUCUCCCCUGCUUCUCCUCCUCUUCCUCUCUCCCCUGUUUCUCCUCCCCAUGCUUCCCCUGCUUCUUCCCCUCCUCCCUCCCCUCUACCUCCUUCUCUUCCCCCUUCAGCACCUCUUUUCUCUGAUUCUUCUCAUUCUUCCCCAUUCCUCUCCUCCUCUAACUGGGGUAUUAAUGAGCUGGAACAAAUGGAGGAACUUGAGAUGCUUGCCAUUCAGAACAUCAAAAGGGUUUUCAAGUCAUUGAAAUAUCCAAAAGGAUUGCUGAGGGAAAGCAAAACGGAGGGAUAUCAUCCUUCUCUCUUAACUUCUUCCUCUCCACUCUCAGCAUCAUCUUCUCCUCUCUCAGUAUCAUCUUCUGUCUCUCAUUCUCAUGCAUCCGCUGAUUUGGUCGCCGUUACAGUCGGACAAUUAGAGGAGUCUAGAGAAGCUCUUGUCAAAAUCGUCAAAGAGAUCUUCCAGGUAUUACGAAUGAAAGGCCAAAUAAAUCGACUCCUAGGAACGAAGCAGAGAAAGAAGAAGAAGAGGAUGAAGGAAAGGCAAAGAAAACGGGAAGAACGCCUGGCCAAAAAACAAGGUGCUGAUGUUGAGCAACCUGAACCAAACGCUUAUCCUGGAUAUGGACAAGGUUGGGAACAGCAAGGAUACCAAGGACCCCCAGUGGGUCCAGGAUAUAGACCAGGCAUGGGCCCGCAAAUGCCUGGGCCUCAUAUGUGGCAGGGCGAUCCUCAAAGAUACCCUGGCCCUCCACAAAUAGGACCUGAUGGGCGAAGAUACCCUGGUCCUCCACAAAUGUUGGCCGAUGGCCAAAGAUACCCUGUUCCUCCACGAAUGGGACCUGGUGGUCAACAAUAUCCUGGAGGUCAACAAUAUCCUGGAGGUCAACAAUACCCUGGAGGUCAACCAUACCCUGGUGGUCGACCAUACCCUGGUGGUCAACAAUACCCUGUUGGCCAACAAUACCCUGGAGGUCAACAAUAUCCUGGAGGUCAACAAUACCGUGGUGGUCAACCAUACCCUGGUGGUCAACAAUACCCUGGAGGUCAACAAUACCCUGGAGGUCAACCAUAUCCUGGUGGCCAACCAUAUCCUGGUGGCCAAAGACACCUUGGUCCUCCAGCUCCCAGAUGGUAA